GGUGACGUCUGGCUGCAGGGACAGCAUGACAUGUCCAGUGACAAAGACUUCCGGGUCGUCUUUGAAGCGGUGUGCAAUGGAUGGCAGGGCGACAUUGCACUUGACGACAUUGACAUUGAACCGGUAUCCUGCUUUGCGGGACAAAACCCCUCUACCCCAGCUCCACCGAUGGAUUGCACCUUUGAGACCGAUCUCUGCGGCUACGACCAGAUGAAGGACGAUAACUUGGACUGGACCAGGCACAUUGGCUCCACAUCAAGUUCGUACACAGGCCCGUCUCACGACCACACCACUGGCAAAGGAUACUACAUCUACCUGGAGGCGUCCUUCCCCCAGACAAAGGGAGACAAGGCACGCAUCAACUCCCCCGCCCAGAACCCCACCACAGGCCGCUGCCUACAGUUCUGGUACCACAUGUACGGCCCGCACGUGGACCGGCUCAACGUCUACCUGCGGGACGACCAGCUGAAGGAUAGCCUCAUCUUCACCAAGUACAGCACGCAGGGGAACCAGUGGCUGCGGGGCCAGAAGGAGGUCACGUCGGACACGCUGUGGUCGGUGGUCUUUGAAGCCGUGGUAGGAACGUCGUAUUACGGGGACAUAGCCAUCGAUGAUAUCUCACUGGAUGACAAGCCCUGUGUUGACUUAUCCGUCUGCGAUUUCGAGAUUGAUCUCUGUGGCUGGACUCAUGACUCAACGGCUGACUAUGAGUGGCAGCGAGACUUCGGAGGCACGCCCUCAACAGGCACUGGUCCGAGCAAAGACCACUCCACGGGAACCAAUGUUGGUUACUAUGUCUACCUGGAGACGUCCGUCCCCCACCAGCAAGGCGACAAAGCCCGACUCCUCAGCCCCGUUUUCGACGACACAUACGGGGAGUGCCUGCACCUGUGGUACCACAUGUACGGCAGCGACAUUGGACAGUUCAACGUCUACGGCUACGACACGGUCACCAACGUCAAGUCCAAGGCACUGUUUAGCCUCUCGGGCAACCAAGGGAACGAGUGGCGCUUCACCCAGAUCACCUUCAACGCCCCCCACGACUACCAGAUCAUCAUUGAAGGGGUCAGGGGCAAGUACUGGCAGGGGGACAUUGCCAUCGAUGACGUCCUUCUCACCACUGGAGCCUGUCCUCGAGCAGGGUUCUGUGACUUUGAGCGUGACAUGUGCGGCUGGACCAAUGCUGACUCGGGCGACCAGUGGGACUGGCUCCGGACCAAAGGGGGCACGCCGAGCUUGUACACGGGUCCGAGCACAGACCACACCACCAACUCGGACAGUGGCUUCUACAUCUACUUCGAGACGUCCCUCUCGGGAAUGAAGAAGAACGACAAGGCGGUCCUGCGGAGCCAACACCUGGCCAUCACCGGCGGCUCCUGCCUCUCCCUCUGGUAUCACAUGUACGGCAAAGGCAUCGGAACCCUGACCGUGUACACAGAGGACAACAAGAACGCCAAGAUCAAGCAGUGGUCGCUGAGCGGGGACCAAGGUAACAUCUGGCUGAAGAAGCAGAUCCAGCUGACCAGCACUGUGGAGUACCAGGUGUUGAUCGAGGCCACGUAUGUGAAUGACUGGCGAGGGGACAUAGCCCUGGAUGACCUUGAUCUAGAGCCCACGCCGUGCGUCUUCCUUCCCACGCCAGCACCUACGACACCUGGACCUCCCACUCACCGGCUCCUUGAUCACUUGUACCUUGUGAUCCCCCAUUAUGCCACCCCACUGGCUGUGUGUUACCAUCCGGUCCUCCUUUUCCCCACAGAGCCCAGCCAGUAUGAUUGUGACUUUGAGUCGGGCUGGUGCGUGUGGCAGCACGCCACCACAGGAACCUUCAAGUGGAGCAGACAGCAGGGGAGUACCUGGUCCGUCGACACCGGGCCAGAGUAUGAUCACACUACCGGCACCUCUCAAGGCUACUACGUCUACAUCGAGGCAUCCGGCCAGACACCAGGCGCCAAGGCCCACAUGACCUCCCCUGAUAUGACCUCGGCCACCCUUGGCAAGUGCGUGCGCUUCUGGUACCACAUGUUUGGCCCCAACAUUGACACGCUCAAUGUGCUGCGGCGGGAGAAUGGCAAGGACACAGUGGAGUGGACGCGGAAGGGAGAUCAGGGCCCAAAAUGGACGCAGGGCCAGGUAUUCAUUGACGGCAGCUUCGCGGUCAUAUUUGAAGGUGUGCGUGGCAGUUCUUACAAGGGCGACAUUGCCCUGGAUGACAUCGAAGUUUUGAACGGCAAAUGCCCUCUCAUGAUGACUUGCGACUUUGAGCACGGUGAUUGCGGCUUUGCCCAGGACAAGACAGACAACUUCGACUGGACGAUGGGAACCGGUGCAACGACAACCCCCAAUACGGGACCGCCCUACGACCACACCUACCAGAGUGCACAAGGACACUACAUGUACAUCGACGUAUCGGGCAAGAGCAACGGUGACAUGGCCCGCAUCCGCUCGCCCGAGUACCCGGCGACCUUCGGGACGUGCAUGAAGUUCUGGUACUACAUGGUGGGCGUGGACGUCAACGCCCUGAAGGUGUACGUGGAGGUCAAGGGCAACAAGGGCUCGCCCGUCUGGGACCGCUACUACAACGCCUUCGCCUAUUGGAUGGUGGCCGAGGUGUCCAUCCAGUCAGCUUACCCGUACAGAAUUCUCUUUGAGGGCCUGGCCGGCUCGGGACCCAAAGGCGACAUCGCCAUCGAUGACAUCGACCUGACGGGCACCACCUGCUCGCGGCCCGGCAGCUGUGACUUCGAGAACGACUUCUGCCUCUACAUGAACAUCCCCGGCGACGACAUGGAUUGGCUGCGCAACAAGGGCAGCACGGACAGCUACAACACAGGGCCCUCCAUCGACCACACCCUGGGCACGUCCUUCGGCUACUACGUCUACAUCGAGACCUCAUCGCCCUCCAUCAAGGACGACUUUGCCUACCUGAUGUCGGAGACGCUGCCACGCCAGGACAUGUGCCUCAGCUUCUGGUAUCACAUGAAGGGAAACCACAUAGGUACCUUGAAUGUCUGGCAGCAGACCAACAUCCUGCAUCCCCUCUUCUGGACUAAACUCUGGAGCGAGGACAAGGAGCAAGGGGACGUCUGGCUCCACACCCUGGUGGACGCACCCAAGCCCAGCACCGUCUAUGAGAUCGUCUUCCAAGGGAUCAAGGGCUCCAGUUACCAAGGCGACAUCGCCAUCGACGACAUCCAGAUGUACAAGGGGCUGUGCACGCCCCCCACUCCAGCCCCGCCCUGCCAGUUCAACUGCAAGAAUGGAAAGUGCCUGACGGACAAGACACAGAUUUGCAACUUUGUGGAUGACUGCGGUGACAAGUCAGAGGAGGCCAACUGUGAGACCACACCCACCAUUAAUCCUGCACCCUCAGAAGACCACACCAUCAGCAUUGCUGUAGGUAAUUAA